AUGAGCAGGAAUCGUAUAACUGCUGGCCCUAAAGCAGUAAUCUGCCACGAAACUGACUUACGAGGCGAAAUCUCGAUUGGCACUGUGCUUCAUCCGCAGUGCCGAGUCAUUGCAGAGAAUGGGCCUAUCUACAUUGGCAAGAAUAAUAUAGUCGAAGAAAACGUGAUCAUAUACAACAACGACGUGGAAGGAGCACAUAUUGGAAACAAUAACAUCAUCGAAGCUCGAGCAAAAGUGCUAGGCACCACUUCAAUCGGCCACAAUUGCAUCAUUGGAGCCGCUUGCGCGACAGAAGUGAACGAAACGAUCUCGGAUAUGACGGUCGUGUAUGGCUCAAAAUCAAGUAGGCGGCAACAGAGCGAAGUGUUCCCCACACAAGCUGCAUUACACGCACGUCAUUUAGACUAUUUGCGUGAGGUGUUACCCAAGUACAACCAUUUGAAAAAGUUGGAGAAUGCAUAA